UGUUUAAAAGUUCUAAUUCAGAAAAAAACAAUUUAGCACAGUUCAAAGCAGUUUACCAGUGGAUCCAUGUGUUCAGCUUGUUAUUGGUUGUGACUAGAUGACAGAGAUAGGAUUUCUGAAGGAUACAGCCAACAAUAGCUGAAAACAGUGGAAAGCUGGUAGACGUCUUUUCUGUAAAUAAAGCACUAUUUGUGAGUUACUUUUAUGUCAAUCACAUAAAGGUUGAAGAGAGAUGGCAGAGAAAGAUGAUAUUGCAAACAAUCCAUUUGCUGCUUUAUUCCCCAGUCUUGACCAAGCACAGCUUUUUGUAGCAAAUAAACAACUUGCUCAACAAGACAAUGUUGUGAUAUCUACGGAGCCUUCAGGGAGUACAGAGGAACAAUGUCCUGACAUCAAGGAACUCUCCAGACAGAAGACGCAAAUCAGUGUUCUGCUUGAACAAGUCUUCCUUAUCACACUUGAUAAUGAGGUUGAAGUGGAUUCCACACGGCCUGCUCGCUGUGUGUAUAUGUCGGGCCUAGCAGAAACGUUAGAUGGACAAACGUGGUUAGACUUGCAAUGUCUGGACCAGGCUGUGUUUGAACGUUUGUUGCUGGAGAACCCUGGUGCAGAGGUUAUUUCAACCAGACAAAGUCAGAAAAGACCUACCGAGGCAUCUCUUGCGGGAGAGUCACAAGUUCUGAGGUAUCUGUACCAGUGUUUCGAAAGAUGUUGCAACCUAAAGGCAGAUAAUCAGAAUGCAAAGUUUGCAGACGUUCUACAGAGAAGUAUUGAAGUGAUUUUACUGAAUGCUAAAACAUGUAUGCAACAGGCAGAACUGUACCCGAGUCAAGUGUUAUACCAGCAGUUUAUAGAUCUUUACAUGGAGAACAACCAUUUUCUUUCUGACAACAGCCAGGUAAAGGAAUUCUUCACUCGUACAGCAGCAGAGAUUCACACUCACUCCGAGGAUGGUACCCUGCUCCAGGUUUUCACACCUGUCCUGGAUGUUAUCAAAAGCAGGUUCCAAAAUGAACUGACACUGAUGCAUCCUGGUGUUAGCAGAUAUAUAGAUCUACUCAUGUUCUUCACAAAUAGUAUUCCACUAGCAGAGACAUUUAUGGAAUACACGACUCCUGAGAAGUCAACAAAAGGAAAGGAUUUUGAGUUUACAUUGCUUGGUUCUAUUCUUGGUUUGAGUUGUAUUCCAGAAAACAAUAAACCCAUUGAUCUGUUCAACAACCCGUCCAGUACCUCCAAACAAGAACAUGAUAUUACAGAGAAAAAUACGUGGCAGCCAUUAUCAGGGAUCAGCCUGGGAGUAUAUCAGCUGCUGUUCAACAUGAUCAAAUUAUCACCUCUACUUAAACAUAAAGUUCUCAGAUGGCUGGGCAAAUGUCUUGCUGAAAACUCAGGGAGAACAAAGAUCUGGUCGACACAUGCUCCACAAGUAUUAAAACAGCUCCAUGUGAGUGAUGGCUUCAGUUUGAACCUCUGCUGUGUCAUGCUGAAACUAUGCCAACCUUUCUCAGAAGCAUGCUCACAGAAACUGCUCAAAAUACAACCAAGCUAUGUACGAGCAGUAGCCGCAGAUGAGAAUGACUCUAGACAGAGAAAUAUUCAUGCUGAAGAAUUGAUCAAGGAGACUUGCCUGAUUCCGCUGGAGGAGAACGUGUCUCUGACGGAAGACGAGACUUACAGUUUCAUCACAGAGUGUUUCUUCCUAUGCCAUCAAGCCAUCAAUCAGGGAUUUCAUGCUAUACAUGAGAAGUUCUUGAAGAUCAAUCAGGACUUACAUCGUAUACAGCGGUAUUAUCAGGACAUGAGACAGCAGUAUCCCAAUGAUGAUGUGGAGCCAAUGAGAAGUGUCAAACUCCAGAUGGAAAAAGGAAUGAAAUUGUUUUUGUGUAAUAAGGCAGCAUUAACUCAGCCUCAUUUGUUAGAAAUGUCAAUGAACUUCCACAUAGCAACCGCCACCUGGUUGGUCCAGGUUGCUAGGGUGAAUGAGGUCACAAAAUUUGAACCAGUCACAUUCCCUCUACCAGAAGAAGUGCCCACAGCACUUGGCUGUAUGCCAGAAUUUAUCAUGGGCAAUGUAACCGACUUCACAAUGUUUCUUCAUAGAUUUAAAGAUGAAAUGUAUGAGUCUGGAGGAAGUGGUCUGACACAUUUUAUGACGUUAAUCCUGGUGUUUAUGGGCAGCCCUGAACGUAUGAAGAACCCACAUUUACGAGCAGAACUAGCGGAAACCCUUGCAGCAUUAAUGCCUCAAAAUUCUGACAUGAUUAAUGGCAGUAGAGGAAUGCUAUCAAAGUAUUAUCGAGAACAGUUGUUCGAAAACCAUCCUCUGAUCAACCAUUUAGCAGAAAAGUUGAUCCACGUUUUCGUGAGCAUAGAAAUGACAGGACAGAGUGUGGAGUUUGAACAGAAGUUCAACUACCGACGACCAAUGUAUCAGGUGCUGCACUAUAUCUGGGAAAAAGAAACCCAUCGAAAUGCUGUCAAGAGAUUGGCUGCUUCUGCAAAAAAGAAUAUAGAGAACACAGACCCUCCAUUAUUCCUCAGAUUUAUCAACCUUCUUAUCAAUGAUGCCAUCUUCUUACUUGAUGAAGCUUUAGAUUUUAUGAAGCAGUUGAAGGAGAAGCAAGCUGAGAAAGAUGGGGAGGCUUGGCAGGGUAUGAACCCCAACCAGCGGCAAGAACUGGAGGGCAACAUCAGACAGUUGGGUAUGAUGGCACGUUACCAUAAUGUGAUGGGGAACAUGACCAUUCUAAGUCUGGAAAUGAUAACUCGGGAAAUCAAAACAAUCUUCUGUCACGAAAUGAUGGUAGAUCGGAUAGCAGCCAUGUUGAAUUAUUUCCUUCUGCAUUUGGUUGGACCAAAACAGAGAGAUUUAAAAGUGAAGGAUAAAAAUGAAUUUGAAUUCAAGCCAGGACAGUUAGUGUCUGACAUUACAAAAAUAUAUCUCAAUCUAAGUGACAAUGAAGAGUUCUGUAAAGCGGUGUCCGGGGACGGACGGUCAUACUCAGAGGACUUGUUCCAGAAGGCCAUCAAAGUACUUCAGAGGAUUGGCAGUACGCCUGUACUAAUUAGUGAUUUUGAUACACUUCAUACUAAAAUUUGUGCAAUAGGUCGAGCACAGCAAGAAGAGGAAGAGCUUCUAGCUGAUGCUCCAGAAGAAUUUACUGAUCCCAUCAUGGGAACUUUAAUGAAAGACCCCGUAAAACUUCCAACAUCAGGAAAUAUUGUUGACAGAGCUAUCAUCUCAAGGCACAUUCUCAGUGACCAGAUGGAUCCCUUCAACAGACAGCCACUUACAUUAGACAUGGUGGAACCAGUAGAUGAUCUAAGAGAGAAAAUACAUGCCUGGAUAAAGGAACAGAAAUCUAAAAAAUCAUCUUGAUAUUUAUGCCCCUCUUCGAAGAAGGUGGGGUAUAUUGUUUUGCAGAUGUCAGUCGGUCAGUCGGAAUGUAGACCAAUCCGUUUCCGGAUGAUAACUCAAGAACGCUUGGGCCUAAAAUCAUGAAAGUUGAUAGGGAGGUUGGUCAUCACUAGCAGAUGACCCCUAUUGUUUUUGAGGUCUGUAUAUCAAAGGUCAAGGUCACAGUGACCCUGACUAGUAUAACGGUUUCCAGAUGAUAACUCAAGAACGCUUGGGCCUAGGAUCAUGAAAAUUGAUAGGGCAGUUGGUCAUGACCAGCAGAUGACCCCUAUUGAUUUUGAGGUCUGUAUGUCAAAGGUCAAGGUCACAGUGACCCUGAAUAGUAAAACGGUUUCCGAAUGAUAACUCAAGAACGCUUGGGCCUAGGAUCAUGAAAGUUGAUAGGGAGGUUGGUCAUGACCAGCAGAUGACCCCUAUUGAUUUUGAGGUCUGUAUGUCAAAGGUCAAGGUCACAGUGACCCUGAAUAGAAAAAUGGUUUCUGGAUGAUAACUCAAGAACGCUUAGGCCUAGGAUCAUAAAAGUUGAUAGGAAGGUUGAUCAUGACCAGCAGAUGACCCCUAUUGAUUUUGAGGUCAAUAUGUUAAAGGUCAAGGUCACAGUGACCCUGAAUAUUAAAACGGUUUUCGGAUGAUAACUCAAGAACUCAUAGGCUUAGGGUCACAAAAGUUGAUAGGGAGGUUGGUCAUGACCAGCAGAUGACCCCUGUUGAUUUUGAGGUCAGUAUGUUAAAGGUCAAGGUCACAGUGACCAGGAACAGUAAAACGGUUUCCAGGCAGUAAAUCAGGAACGCUUGGGCCUAGCUUAGGAAAAUUGAUAGUUGGGUUGGUCAUGAUCAGCAGAUGACCCCUAUUGAUUUUGAGGUCAUUAGGUCAAAGGUCAAGGUCACAUUGGCCAGGAACAGUUAAAGCAGUUCUGAUCUUCUUGUCUAAAACCACAGAGCCUAGGGCUUUGAAAUUUAGUAUGAAUUAUCAUCUAGUGGUCCUCUACGAAGAUGAUUCACAUUAUUGCCCGUGGAUCUAAUAUGGCCCAGCCCCGGGGGUCACAUGGUUUAUAUAGACUUAUAUAGGGAAAAGCUUUUAAAAUCUUCUUGUCAAUAACCUACAACAUUUAAAUUUUGACCAUAUGUAUGGUUUUGAGUGGCAAGAUGAACCUUGACAUGAGUUGACCUUGACCUUGACCUAGUGACCUACUUUCACAUUUCUGUAGCUACAGCCUUCAAAUUUGAACCACAUGCAUAGUUUUGUGUACCGAAAAAAAGUUUGACCUUGAAAUUGACCUAGUGACCUACUUUCACACUUUUGAAGGUACAGGCUUCAAAUUUGGACCACAUGCAUAGUUUUGUGUACCGAAAUGAACUUUGAUCUUGAGAUUGACCGAGUGACCUACUUCCACAUCUCUGAUUGUACAUUUCAUUGACUUCAGAUUUGGACUGCAUGCAUAUUUUUGUGUUCUGAAUUGAAAUUUGACAUUGAUUUUUACCUACUACCUACUUUCACAUUUCUCAAGCUACAGCCUCCAAAUUUUGAAGCACAUGCAUAUUUCUGUCUACCGAAAUGAGCUUUGACAUUGAUAUUGAUCUAGUGACCUACUUUAACAUUUCUCAAGCCACAGCUUUCAAAUUUGGACCACAUACACAUUUUAUUGUACCGAAAUGAAAUUUGACCUUGAUUUUGACCUUGAGAUAGUCUUGAAAUUUGGAACAUUCAAAAAUGGCUCAGUGGAUGGCACCAAUAUCACUUUGUACUUUCUUGUUAGGUUAAAGGUCAAAGUCAGAUUAAAACAGAAUGGUAGAACUUUAAUUUACAGUGAGCAUAUAAUUUCUGUUCCUUGUGCAAUUACUAAAUGCAUCAAGGGGGGCAUUUCGUGUUUGACGAGCUCUUGUUACAGAUAGAUUUAUACACACGCUUACACGGAGUUUUAUUUAUUUAAAAAAAAAAAAGUGAAUAGGGGUUCAUAGAUAGGGAAUAGGGCGAAUAUGGCUUUCACAGAAGGGAAUAACGAUUCACAUGGACUCAAAGGAACAAGCUGUAUUAUUUGUAUUCAGCAUCUGCUCAUUUUGUAUUUUAAAUCAUGAUUGUUAUUUUUACCACAAUUAACAUGCAUGAAAUGCACAAGGGUAAUAAUGGGUAACUCUGUGGGCACUGAAUUAUUCCAUACCGUUUUCUUGCUAUGUAUUUCUUGUUGAGAUUUCUUUGUUGAAGGGGGUGUUUCUUGUGGCAUUGAUAACAUCAUUACUCCUUCUGCUGGGGGCUUCAGUAGCAGAGAAGUUAAAGUCACUGACUUAGAUCACUUGCUGCUCACUGCUAUGGGUUUGAAACCUUGUAUGGGUUGUAGAAUCCUUCCAUUUUGAGGAAGCCAUCUUGCUUGCUUAACGAAGGUUGAUGGAUCUACCCAGAUGUAAGCUUGUGCCAGAAAUAAUGCAUGGAAGGGUACCUGGGGUCUUUCUUCACAAUCUAAUAGUGGAAAGUUGCUUUAUGACCUAUAGUUGUGUCAGUGUGAUGUUAAAGGCAACAACAACAAAAAUACUCCUUUUCAGUAGUUUAUCUUUGUGAGAAAAUUCCAGAUACAUAUACACUGUUUUUUCUUUUUGAUUGUCAUCAUUUACAUCCAUAUUUGUAUGAAUACUUGAAAAACAAUUCAAGUAAAUCCCUGCUAUUAAUGAAACUGGAGCUAUAUGCUGUUAUUUACUGUAGAUUAAGGUCCCAUUUUUUAGACUGAUUUCUGGAAUCUGUGAGCUUGACACAUCAUAACUGGAAGAUUUUUGGCAAAAUUCUCCAGUAUUGUUGAUACAAAUUUGUUUUCUUCCCUUACCUGUUACAGAUUAUCUGCAGCCUGGAAUUUGUCUUGGCUGUUCUUUAUAUGAAACUGUCACUGGCUGAAGGGGUGGAUGGAAAUAUCUGGCUCUAGGGUAACUGUUAAAGCAGCAAGUUACCACAAAGCAUUUACUCGAGAGGGAGAUAUUUCCACCUGAACAUUCAACUAGUUAUAGAUUCUUUUUCUUGCAUACCAUAUUCUUCAAUUACUUGAACAAAUAGAGUAAAACAAAAGAGUAAAGCAAAUGUAUGUCUUUUAGGCACCUUUUCUAUUUAAGAAGCAAAUGAAUUACCACAUUCAUUCAUAAUUUGCAGAAUUAUUGUAGGUUUUUCGAGAUAGUUGACACUUUGUUGUCACUUCCAGUUCGUCAGAUGUGCAGAACUACCUUAAACCUAACAUGUGGUAGUGUUUAUACACACAAGCAUGUUUACAUAGGUACUAUGAAGUAAUCAUUCAUAUUUUCAAAUAUGAAUUUCUGUCAAAAAUAUCUUAAAGUCUUUCACUAUCACAAAGCAGGAGGUUGUUAGUUUGAAUGAAAUGUUGAAAUAGAUAUUGUUAACGUGUUAUACAGAUCCAUUUUGUGCAAUAAAUGAUGCUGUAUGUAACUUUGGAGAGUGCUUUAUAUAUUUUAAUGUUAGAACACUUGCUAAUUCUGUACCCACUUCUACAGUACAUAACAUAGUAUAUACAUAAUGUCAUUGAAAUAUGCAAAUAUCUGAUUUUUUGAAAAAAAAUGAUGAGUUAUUGUCAUCACUUGUGCGGUUGUCGGCGUCGGCGUUGCCUGGUUAAGUUUUAUGUUUAGGUCAGCUUUUCUCCUAAACUAUCAAAGCUAUUGCUUUGAAACUUGGAAUACUUGUUCACCAUCAUAAGCUUACCCUGUAUAGCAAGAAACAUAACUCCAUCUUGCUUUUUGCAAGAUUUAUGGCCCCUUUUGUACUUAGAAAAUAUCAGAUUUCUUGGUUAAGUUUUAUGUUUAGGUCAACUUUUCUCCUAAACUAUCAAAGCUUUUGCUUUGAAACUUGGAAUACUUGUUCACCAUCAUAAGCUGACCCUGUACAUCAAGAAACAUAACUCCAUCUUGCUUUUUGCAAGAAUUAUUGCCCCUUUUGGACUUAGAAAAUCAGUUUUUCUUGGUUAAGUUUUAUGUUUAGGUCAGCUUUUAUCCUAAACUAUCAAAGCUAUUCCUUUAAAACUUGCAACACUUGUUCACCAUCAUAAGCUGACCCUGUACAGCAAGAAACAUAACUCCAUCCUGCUUUUUGCAAGAUUUAUGGCCCCUUUUGGACUUAGAAAAUAUCAGAUUUCUUGGUUAAGUUUUAUGUUUAGGUCAACUUUUUCUCUUAAACUAUCAAAGCUAUUGCUUUAAAACUUGCAACUCUUGUUCACCAUCAUAAGCUGACCCUGUACAGCAAGCAACAUAACUCCAUCCUGCUUUUCGCAAUAAUUAUUGCCCCUUUUGGACUUAGAAAAAUCAUUUUCUUGGUUGAAUAUUAUGUUUAAGUCAACUUUUCUCAUAAACUAUCAAAGCUAUUGCUUUAAAACUUGCAACAGUUUUUCACCAUCAUAAGUGGACACUGUACAUCAAGAAACAUAACUCUAUCCUGCUUUUUGCAAGAGUGAUGGCCCUUUUUAGACUUAGAAAAUCAUGGGUAGGACAAUAUUUCUAUUAAACAAAAAAAAUCAGAUGAGCGUCAGCACCCGCAAGGCGGUGCUCUUGUUUUUAAUAGUUGUUUUUGUUUUUGAAUUUUAUGAUUGACCUACAAGUAAAAUUAGUGCUAACAAAAUGUUUAGCUAUUUUUCUUUUUAUUUUACAUCAUAUUUAUCCAAUCAGUGAACCCUUUGCAGACCAGAGUAGGGCAUUAUCAGCUGUUUUAGUUAUAACUGAUUGAAUUUGAAAGGUAGAGCUUAGUUGUUGUUACCUGGAGAAAUUCCUUACAACGUUCAAGGACUCCUUCAAGUGUAUAAUGUCAAGUUUAGGGCCCAAUCCCAAAUGUCCAUGGUAUGAAGUUAUAAAACUUUAGUUUGGUCUCCAAAGCCCAAAUAUCACUCUUUGGUUGAAAUGUUCUCAGGAUUGUGAACUUAUUGAUACAGUAUUCAAUAUAAAUUAUACUUUAUU